GGGCCACCUAGGGGAAGGAGAGGUGGGGCUUCUAGAGGCGGAAAGGCAGGACCCGCAAGGAAGAGGAGGGAGCCGCCAGGGGGCGAGGUAAAGAAAAUGAAGUUUGCAAAGGCUGAGAGAAAAGGAUUCACAGCUAUAAAAUGGAGGGUGACAUUUGAAACCCCAGUCUUCUGACUGCACAUCCUUUGUUUUAAGACAGUACAUAUUAAGGAAGAAAGUAAAUUAAAUCAUUGCCAAAAUAUUAGUAACUUCAGUAAAUUUACUUCAGGCUGAAGCUUAAAGGUUAUCACUUAACCAAUCUACCAUUAUCAAAUUUUUUUUAAACUGUGAAACAAAAAGUAUGUUACUUUAUGCUAUCACAUCAUAUUCUUUAAAAAAAAAAAACAAACACGCUAUUUUCCUGUUUUUCCUCCUUUUGGUUUAUUUCAAGCUUUCUUCAUAUUUGAACUUUAUCACUAAUCAUUUGAUACAAAGAGGGUUCCCUUUCUACAAACAUUAUACGUAUAAUAAUAAAAGCCCUCAAGUGGGCUUCUAGACAGUGGGGUCAGAAUUACACUCAGUUUACGCAUGAGAUCAACUCGAUAAGGUCAAAUGUCCGAAUCCAGGCGUCAGAAGUAGUUUUUCCUAUUCUAAAUCCAACGCUAAGAUUAUAUAGACGAGGCUGCUGAAAAUUAAGAAUGAGAAACUACUACUAAUCACAGUAAAAGAUAUUUAAAAAGGAAAAGCAUGGGAAGUCUUGAAAAUACUGUAAUUUUUAAGAAACGUGGAUUGCUCCUGACGGCUCAAACACUCAAAAGACGGGCUUUAGAGGAAACCCAAACCCAGUAAACGCGCCGCACUGAACGGCAAAUCCCACGGGAACCACUGGCCUCCCACGUGUCUCUCAGGAAAUGCACAAAACGAAGGAAAAAGAAAGCCAAAGGGAGUUGGGUGAAAGGUUUAAAACAGCAGAUAGGGAUUCACAGGGAGAUGGAGGGCACACGAAGCCUGGGGUGGGCAAGAGAGAACUCGCAGAGCAUCUGGCAGGCGCCGAGGACGGAGAAGAGGCCUGGAAGCAAAGCAGGGGGAGGCUUUCAUCUGGAGAGCGGGCGGCCAACGGGCCCCACCCAGUGGAUCUGCUUCUCAGGCAGCGCACCGAGUUCCCGCGAGGAUCAAUGACCCGACGGGGCGCCGGAGCCGCUCUGCUCUCGUGUGGCCUGGGUCAGUGGUGAGCGCGGUGCUCCGCGGACCGGAGGCCGGGCCGAAGGGCCGCAGUCUCCCGCGGCGGAGUGAGGUGAAGGCGGCCGAGCAGGAGCCGGCGGCGGCGCUUGUACGGCGCCUGCGGGGGGAAGGGCAGUUCCGGGCCGGGCCGCGCCUCAGCAGGGCGGCGGCUCUCCCAACGCAGACUCAGGCCGCGGCGACGGGAGGAAUCAAGUUGUGUGGUCGGUGAUGCCCGAGUGAGCUACGGGCCCGGGCCUCUGCCCUGAGGAGGCAACUCCCACGCAGGCCGCACGGGCCCCCUCGCGACUGGGAAGCUCCGUUUCGGUUUCGCGGCGGCGGCGGCGUUGUUGGAGGGGACCCGGGACACCUGAAUGCCCCCGGCCCCGGUUCCUCCGAAGCGAUGGGGAAGGUGCUAUCUAAGAUCUUCGGGAACAAGGAAAUGCGAAUCCUCAUGUUGGGCCUGGACGCGGCCGGCAAGACAACCAUCCUGUACAAGUUGAAGCUGGGCCAGUCGGUGACCACCAUCCCCACCGUGGGUUUCAACGUGGAGACGGUGACUUACAAAAACGUCAAGUUCAACGUAUGGGAUGUGGGCGGCCAGGACAAGAUCCGGCCGCUCUGGCGGCAUUACUACACCGGGACCCAGGGUCUGAUCUUCGUAGUGGACUGCGCCGACCGCGACCGCAUAGACGAGGCCCGCCAGGAGCUACACCGCAUUAUCAAUGACCGGGAGAUGAGGGACGCCAUAAUCCUCAUCUUCGCCAACAAGCAGGACCUGCCUGAUGCCAUGAAACCCCACGAGAUCCAGGAGAAACUGGGCCUGACCCGGAUUCGGGACAGGAACUGGUAUGUGCAGCCCUCCUGUGCCACCUCGGGGGACGGACUCUAUGAGGGGCUCACAUGGUUAACCUCUAACUACAAAUCCUAAUGAGCAUUCUCCACCCAUCCCCCAGAAGGAGAGAAAUCAAAAACCCAUUCAUAGGAUUAUCGCCACCAUCACCUCUUUGAAUUGCCACUUUCUCUUCUUUUGAAUUUGAACUUUGGAGUUACAGUUCUACGGUUUGGGGGAGGGGGUUAGGGGGUUUCUUUUUUGUUUCUUUUCUUUUUCUUUCUUUCUUUUUUUUUUUUUGGCUUUGCGUUAGGAUGCUCUGAGCUGACUUUUGACACGAACACAAAGUACUUAGAUACUCUCGUUGACUUCCAGCAAAUGGGAUGGGGGAAAUACAGCAGUUCUUGAUAAAUUCCUUUAUAAUAAUGGUUUGAUUUUUUUAUUUCGAGAGAAUCUUCUUUUCCAAUGUAUGCUUUUUUCCUUUUUGCCCAGUUUCCUUAUCACUUGCUGUAGAUGGCUUAUUUUGCAUUCAUGCAGACUAUGUUGCAAGUCUGUUUCAUCUAGUAAACUGAAAAUUAUUGCUUAAUCAAACUGCCGUUUGUCUUUUAUAUUUAAGGCCUUUUCCCCCUCCCUUAUGAAUUCCAACUUAGUAAAUUCAAAUGUGACCUUUUAUAUCUAAGACCAGUAUAGUAAACUUAGCCCACAGGGGCAAAUAAUGAGUAAUAUCAUUGUAAUAUGUUCCAGUUGCACAUCAGUAUGUUAAAACAGGUAAUGUAAGUUCUUUGAAAUGUCAGCUUUUAAGUUCUGAAACAUACAUCAUGCAUGAGUAAGGAUAAAACUCAAGUUCCCCUUUACAGAGCUAACUUACAGUGCAUAAAAAUAUGAAAAUGUAACCAGUCAAGGACACAGAUUUUUUUUUUCACUGCAAAGUUAGCAACUUUGCUGUGUUUUCCCUCUUUUUUAACUUUAAAAACAGACUCUUCCAGAAAAUGGAGCAAUAAUGUUGUAUGCCAUAUACAAAAGAAAUAUUUGUAGAUAUUUUAAGUGACUUUUGGGCAAAACUGGAAUAUAUCUUUUACUAUGUUUCAAAUGUCUAAGACCAAUCAUAUUAAAAUUACCAGAAUGUUUACUUUGUUCAUUAAUAAAGCAUUUAACAAUUCAAGUUAUAUGCACCUUUUACCUAGUUGGAAAGAAAAACAUUCCUGUUUCCACAUUACAGCAACUGAAUAAGCUGAAGAUAUCUUUUUUUAAUAGACGAGUGAUUCUUAUCUCCAUUAAUUAGAACACUGGAAAAGAUGUUUUAUAAGAAAGGUAUUCUUUUUGAUUGUAGGAUUAACUCAUGCAAAUAGUCAGAUAUCCUGUUGGUUCAAUGAUACACCAUCUCCUUUAAGGAAGGAAAUGUGAGAUGAAUGAAUGAUGUGUAGACUUGAAGAAUGACAAAGGGGAAGUAGGAUGUAGAGAAAGAACCUACAGAUGACAAUGAAUGUAAACUUAUUCAAGGGUAAGCAGUGUGCUCACUGGUGAUAUCCAGAUCUUAACAAGAUGACUUGCUUAGCUGGUUAGGACCAGUAACAAGAUUAUUGAGACCACUAUGGUAAUACUUUGAACCAAAUGUUAAUGCUUGAUACAGAAUUGUGUGUAACAGCAUCUGGUUCUUAUAUAGCCUUAAGGAUUAAUUUUAGAGAUCCUCAAGGAAUUAGGGUAUUUCACAAAUGUAGACUGCAAUGGCAGCAUACAGGAAAAGGCCGAGUGGGUUUUGUUUAUGAGGGUAUCUGAAAACUAAAAUUGAGCGGGAUGUCAUGGUAUAUGAUUGGACAGUAUUGGUCCUUCAUGUUUUGGCCAUAUUGUAUAACGGAGCUUUUACCAAAGAUGUUUGAGCAACAUAAGGCUAUAAAAAAGUAACUUCAAACUUUUGACAAACAUUUUACUUAAAGUAGAGGAGAAAAGGUGCUAUGUUGUAGGCUCCUGAUGGUGCAGAGGGAUUUUUGAAUUCAAAAUGCAACUAAAGUAUAAAGUUCAGUUUCACUUUAGUAGAAGCAUCUCUAGAAAUGAAGCUGAUAUAUCUAAACAUUUUAGCUGCUUUUAAAAUUCCCAGUUUCAUCAUAAAUUUAGUGUUUUAAAUGAUUACUUAUUAAGGUACAUAAACAUGGAUUAUACAAAUAUCAAUGUUAUAGUAACAUCCUGAAACAAGACAAGCACAAAGGUAUUAAUGCCUAAACUGGAGGAAACUUGAAACCCUCAUGUAAUUCUUAAAUGUAGUAUUCUAACUUGUGACAGACAAAUUGGUAGGCAGCCAUUUUUUUGUGUCUUAAAAAAAACUGGGGGCAUAGUUAAAAUUUUAUACAUCAAGUGAUUGCUAUGGAAUGUAGCAGGUGAGAUGUUAUUUUUAGUUUAUUUGAAAUGUCUAACUGAAGGUUGGGGGAGGGGGGAGCAAAUAUUUGAAAUUUGGAAAACCCUAAACAUUUGGGUAAGAAACUGUAAUUUUCACUUAUAUUUUCUUUAAGGAUAUAAAAGGUUGAUAAUUGAUAAAUUGAACCAUAACCAUUGGUGAUCAUGGAGCAGGUAAUUAUAGCCUGCAGAAAAAGUUAUAAUCUUAAGAAUUUAAGAAAUAAGAUCCUGAAGUUUUUGUUUAAUUGCAUCAAUUUCUGUAUUUUCUGUGAAUUUAUAAACUGCAGUAAGUUUUGAAUGAGGUUGAUCUUGUCUAAUAUAAGUAAAUGAGUCUGUAGACUGUGAUCUCCCCAAACUAAAAAGUACAGUACUUGGAAUUGUGUUCUUCAUGGUUGUAGUGUUGGUAAAGCACUAAUAUGCAGAAAAUAAAGGAAUUACACAGUGCA